UUUCAUUACCGUGUAGGAGACUCAGAAAGAGAUUUGAACUGAAUUGAUCGAAUUCUCCUAUCAAAAGCAAAUGCUCUUGGACCCUCUCGUUCACUUCACCGAUGUCUUACGACCGAUUCAAAAUCUUUGAUUUCACCGUAGACGACCACCGCGCUGAGGAAGAGGCGAAGAAGUCUGCCGAGAAAUUUGGACUCUCUAAAUCAACUUCCAAGUCUCCUCUCGAUAAAUACGUUUUCCUUCGCCACUUUACAGUAGGAAGAACCGUAAAUAAAGGGAAGGGUUUCAGAGAUUCUAAACGACAUUCUGAUCCAUGUGUUGUUGCUGUUGAUGAUGUUCCUGGGAACGAUGAAUGUGCUCCAUCUUCCCCAUUUUCAUCUGCAAAUUCUGGUGUGAACUCUAACCAAUCAUUAUCUGGAUUGAAGGAUCCUGCGUCUGGAUCCACGAAUCGGAAAUGCUCCUUUGCAAACAUCACAUGUCUUAAUAAACCUAUUCACCUAAAUUCUGAUGAUGAAGACAACAACCCAUCAUGUUCAUCACUUGAUGUAGCCACCACCAUUACUCAAGGUCUAGUGCAAGAAGAGAAUACAGUUCAUUGUCUGAAUGAUCCUGAAAAUCCAGAGGUCUUUGUUAUCCCUGAUGCUGUAGCAUAUGGAUUAGUGUCUUGUGAGAAGCCUGUAUUGACAUUUUCCAAAACUGGAAUUCAACUUGAGGCUGCAAAAGGAUUAAACAGGCCUUUGAAAUUAUCAUGGAACAUUUCUGACAUUAUCAAGAUUGAAUCAAUGUGGAAUGAGCACGAAGGAAAAACAACAGUGGAUCUUUUCUUGAUAUCAAAGCAUUCAGAAUUAGCUCAAACUUCUUGUCAACCUUCGGGAAUAAAAAGGUUGAGGUUUGAACAUUCAGAUCCUGAGUGGUCUCGAAAAGAGGAGGUAAUAAAAUCAUUGGAUGUGAGAUACAAAGCCAUGUGGAAAGCACUAAUUGAUGUUAGUACAGUCAAUAUGGAAGAAACAUGUGGCGAGAAGUACAAAUCACUCUUUUCAGAAUGUAACUUGUCCAAUCUAGUCGAGUCAAUUGAAGCUUUUGAAGAUAUUAUCUAUCCAGAAGGGGAGGCUGAUGCUGUUUCCAUCUGUAUGAGUGACUUUCAGCUAUUACAGCCUGAGAAAUUCAUCAAUGACACUAUAAUUGACUUCUACAUAAAAUAUUUGGACAGCAAGCUUAGACCAGAGGAAAAACAUAGGUUCCAUUUCUUUAACAGCUUCUUCUUUCAAAAGUUGGCUUAUCUAGACAAAGAUCCUUUGAGAUCGUUUGAAGGCAUGAAGUCUUUCCAACAUGUUCGUAAUUGGACAAGAAGAGUAGAUAUAUUUUGUAAGGAUUAUAUUUUCAUUCCAGUGAACUUCAGUCUUCAUUGGAGUUUGAUCAUCAUAUGUCAUCCUGGUGAGGUGGCCAAGACUAAAGCUGGUGACAUAGACAUCUUGCCCAAGGUACCCUGCAUUUUGCACUUGGAUUCCUUGAAAGGAAUCCACAGGGGCCUCAACAAUCUUAUUCAGAGUUACUUAUGGGAAGAGUGGAAAGAGAGGGUUGGGGAACCAACUGAAGAUAUCUCUGCCAAGUUCAACAAUUUGUUGUUUCUCCCUCUUGAGUUACCACAGCAAGAGAAUCAUUAUGAUUGUGGGCUCUUUCUGCUCCAUUAUGUGGAUCUUUUUCUGAAGCAAGCUCCUGUUAAUUUCAGUCCAUAUGGACCAAAAAUGUUUUCCAGCUUUCUUAAGAAGGAUUGGUUCCCACCUGCUGAGGCUUCUGAGAAACGUAUUCAUAUAAAGAAGUUGUUACAAUCAAUUAUUCAAAACAAGUAUCCUCCUAAAUCGGAUACUCUUGAAAUACCCAUCAAAGACAAUGAAGAUGAUACUAGUACCAGCAUAGAGAUUCUUGAGGAGGGGAUGCAACAGAAGCAUAAUUCAGUAGAGUUAUGUCAGAGCAAAUUUUCCAGGCUUUUUGCUGAUCUAGAAAUCGAGACUGAUGACGAGGAGUGUAAAGAAUUAAAGCAUAAAACCGAGGCUUUAUCCCCUUCAGAUAGAACGAAUCAGCCUUCCAGUCCAACUGCAUCAGCUUACGUAGUUGAAGAUUCCUUUGAGAGAGAUGUGGUGAUAGAAAAUAUUGAGCCCUCAGACGAUGAGGAUGAGGUAGAGUCUUCCGAGAUUGUAGUUCUUAAGGUGAUGAAUAACUCGAACCAUUCCCCAAGAGUGUCAGACUCUGAAGAGGAUGAACAAGCCACAAAAAGGGCAAGGCUCAUCAUUCCUUUGAGAGGGAGAAGACAGUAUGCUAGAAAACUUUCAAAGGAUGAUGUUUUUGAAGUCUUUUGCUGUGAUGAGUAAGUAAGAGUAAAACACUCUAUUAUUACUUUGUUGAUAGUAAUUUUUUUCAUUUUUUUUACGCUCUACCACUCACUGAACUAAAUAAGUCUUCAUAAUCAUCGGUAUUUUCUUUUUCACCAUAGAGCCAUCUCGCUCCAUGGCUUUAUUUGCAUAGUUGAUAUUAAUGGGGUGUGUUUUCAAUAGUUUAAUGCCAAAACAUGGUUUCAA